AUGGAUAGUCAGAGUGUGCUCAGCGUCGCCAUCGUCGGCGCCGGAAUAGCCGGCUUGACUGCUGCCAUUGCACUUCAAGGAAAGCCGGGCAUUGAUGUGCGCAUCUACGAGCGCACAAAAGAGCUGCGUGAAGUGGGCGCAACUAUCGCCCUGGGACCGAAUGGGUUGAGGACACUAGAGAGAUUGGGAAUCAACAAUGCACUUGAUGAUUCAAUCGCUUUCCGGAAUAAAUCGGGACAUCCUAUGAUAUACCGUCACGCCCAAACCAACGAAACAGUGUCAGCCGACAGCCACGUCGGCCACAUUGAGCCACGCCAUCGCACCGCCCGCUUCUUCAGACCUCACCUACAGCGCGCCCUUCUUCAACACGUUGAGCCGAGCCGUCUACAUCUCGGAAAAGCUUUUUCCUCCAUUAAACCGACCCAGGAUGGUUCCCGAGUUGUAUUAACCUUCGCCGACGGGACCACCACCGAGGCAGACGUCGUCCUUGGUGCCGACGGCAUCCACUCAGCCGUCCGUCGCGCCUUUGUCCCAGAGACAAGCGCACACUGGACCGGCUGGGUCGUCUUCCGCUCCGUCUUCCCCCGCUCCGUCGUCGCGCACAUUCCGGACUUGCCAGAUGAGGCCGUCCACUACUGGGGUGUCGACCGGACGCUCUUCCUCUCCCCGCUGGCCGGUGGAGGCGGCGAGGACCUCUAUGCAAUCGUAGGAUCAACACAAUGCGAUCCGGAGGAGGAAGCUUCCGGUGCCACCUCUUCCAAGGGCGAGCCAGUGUGGAAUAGGGAGGGCAGCCUCGAAGAGGUACGAGAAUUGUACAAGGACUGGCACCCCACGCUCCGCGCAAUCAUCGAAGCCAACCCCCACACGCGUGUUUACCACAACGCCGCUGCCGACGGGCUGGACUCCUGGGUAUUGGGCGGCGGGAGGGUGACUGUGGCCGGAGACGCGGCGCACGCGCACGGAGGAGCCUUUGCGGCCGGCGGGAGCCUGGCCAUCGACGACGCUUGGGCGUUUGCGCAAUCCAUACUACACGUUUUCGCCAGAGAGAUUUCUUCGGCGGCGUCGUCCGCUAGAGAAGUCGCUGAUGGAACAAGAUCAGCGCCGUCCCCGCUGCAAAAAAGGGAUAAGGGCGACAAGGUUACGGCUGCUCUGCAGCUGUACGAGAAGACUCGCAAGCAGCACACGGACCGCGUGCAAAAGACGGUGGCGGACAAGAACAGGGCGACUUUGCAGCGGCUGAGGUCAGGGGUGAUUGAGUCGGAUCAAGAGCUGAGGCGGCGGAUGCGGACCAGGCAGGACCUUGCUUGGAUUCACGAGCAUGACGUGGUGUCAUGCUUCAUCAAGGCAGUCGGCUCCUCCGAAGGAGAGCUGGUCAGUCAUCUUUGA